GGAAACGAGCACGCCGCGGCAGACAAUGUGAUGCAAGAUGUGAACCGAACAAGUCGUGUGCGAGUUUCAAUUUUUCGCUCGAGUGUCCAAUCCAACCUCUCUUUCGUGGAGUCCUUUUGUUGGAGGAAAAGCAAAAAUUGCUUCGAAAGCUUAUCGUCGAUGUUGUUUACCUGCGGCAGCAGGGAGCUAUAAAACGGUCAAAACGCGCCCACAAGGCCAGCAGCCUAAUCAGUUCUCAGCCAAGCUGCUCAAGGGGAUGUGAAAAAGUGAUUUUUGUUUCGAGUGCGAAAAUAAAAGUGAAGUAGAAAAAAGCGUUUUUAAGUUUUCGAAGAUCGUUUCCCGAGUUGGUAGUCCCAAAUCGGAGCGCUCCCAUCCGUCUUUCGCCGUUUGGGAAUGGAAGUAGUUGCUGGCUCGAGAGUCGCAUUCCCGUAUCUAGUGAAGGUGAACGAAGCCCUGCUGGGUACUUCGGAGUACGAACGAGACUUCAACUAUCCCGGACGAGACUGCAAUCGGGUGGACAAGCUGGAUCGACUUUCAACCGUCGUCGUUAGCCCGGAAGUGGUAACGAUCGCGUAGACUAUCCGAUGAGCAACCGCGACGUCGUUCGACCCCUGUCUUAACCAGCCUGCCCUAAAACCAAAACCCCCCGUAGUCGCAUUGAGUCGAAAUCACCAAACGCCAAACUCCACCGGAUCUGGUCAGUAGUAUCCGUGCGAAAACAUCAAGCCUUUGAGAGCCAAAGCAGCCAAAUAGACAGAUCAGUUUAUCGAGUUCGAGUGUCACGGGAGCACGACGAUGAAUCCAAAGCUAAACCCAAUAGACGAUCCGGAACAGCCGCCCCAGCUGACGGCGGCUGUUGCCGACGAUACCGCGGGCAUUCUCUACAGCAUCGAUCUCGGCGGAAUGCCAAUCGACAGCAUGAUCACCACUAGUUGUAACAAUAAUAAUAGUAACAAUAACAACCACUUCAUCGGUGCUAAUAGUUUUAAGCCGGACGAUUUGAGGAUCGACGUGCGAAGUGCGGCAGAUUUCUACCGAACUGAGGACGACAGCUUCAGGCCGUUCACGAUCUACGGCAACCACGGUGAUGGAAACGAGAAACUGUCCGGUCUACCAGCUUCAACAACCGGCUCAUUAAGUUCAAUCAUAACGACGUCUGUGGCAUCCUCCGAGCCGGAUCGUGGUGAUCAUCGAGACGGUGGCGUUGGCGGCGGUGGUGAUGACGACGAUAACAAUGUAGUAUCGACGACGACGGGUGGCAAGUGCCUGGGGGGAGGCGGUGGCCACGGUGGUGGCACCGAAAUCAAGCAGGAAAAAUGGUGGGAAACGACGCUGCAGAUCUCGAUUCCGUUCUUCAUCGCCGGUAUCGGUACGAUCGGUGCCGGCAUCAUCCUCGGCCGGGUGGAGCACUGGAAAGUGUUCGCCCACGUUACGGAACUGUUCAUCCUGGUACCGGCCCUACUGGGGUUGAAGGGCAACCUGGACAUGUGCCUGGCAUCACGACUCUCGACCCAAGCGAACCUCGGCAAUCUGACCGGCAUGCGGGAGAUCAUCCACAUGGUGGUGGGCAACAUCGCUCUCGUCCAGGUGCAGGCCACCGUGGCGGCUUUCAUUGUGUCGGUUUUUGCGAUCGGCGUAGGGGCCGCCAUCAACGGGAACUUCCUGUUCGAUCACGCGAUGCUGCUUACCGCGUCCAGCAUGUUUACCGCGACGUCGUCCUGCUUUGUACUAGACUUCGUAUUAGUGGCUGUGAUUUUACUGUCUAAUAAGUUGAAAAUGAAUCCGGAUAAUCUGGCAACACCGUUGGCGGCUUCCAUCGGUGACGUGGUAUCCAUUAGUCUACUCUCCUUCAUAGCGUCGCUGCUGUUUGAAAAUCUAGACACUCAUCUCUGGAUAACGUUCGUUGUGGUUACCUGCUAUUUUAUUCUGUUACCAUUUUGGGUAUUUUUAGUGAUUAGAAAUAAGUACACCCGGCCCGUAUUGACAACUGGAUGGGUUCCUGUACUAUCCGCACUCUUCAUCAGCGGACUGGGUGGUCUAGUGUUGGAUACUGCCGUCGGUAUCUUCAACGGUUUCGUCGUGUUUCAGCCGAUCAUCAACGGCAUCGGUGGCAAUCUGGUUUCGGUUCAGGCGAGCAAAAUCUCCACCAUGCUGCACCAGAGUUCGAUCAUCGGAAUCAUUCCACCCCACGCUAAGAUCUUCGAGAUGCCGUGGCGGGCACUGUUCAAAGGAGUUCCUUAUGCCAAAACUGCUCGAAUUCUGAUCCUCAUGGCGAUCCCCGGACAGGUGUUGUUUAUCUAUGUUGCUGACUACAUACAUAUGUCCGAAUCGACUAUCGGUGCUCCGUUUGUGCUUUCGUAUUUACUCGUCAGUUUGCUACAGAUCAUGCUACUGCUGUACAUCGCCCACGUGAUCAUCCACGCCAUGUGGAAGUGGAAGAUCGACCCGGACAAUUCGGCGAUACCGUAUCUGACGGCGCUGGGCGAUCUGCUCGGAUCGAGCCUACUGGCGAUCGCGUUUCUGUUCCUUCAAUCCAUCGGUCACCCGUACGGUGAACAGGCGGAGGAGAUCGGUACCUCGGUCACACCAACAAGCACCUUCAUCGCACUAGAUGGUGACGCGAGCAAUAAUUUCGCUCCACAAUUGGCCUGAGGUCUUACGUUUUACCCUCCUUUGUUACUAUAGUACUGUCUGCGUUUUACCCUAGCUGAGUUUGCCUUCCCUUCGAUUGCACGCACACACUCGCACCACGCCUAUCAGCGUUUUGUUCGUAUAAAGCCAGUGAAAAUUGUGCAGCGAAUCGAUCAAUUUGUGUUCAAAAUCGGUACUGUGAAACUUUAGAAAUAGUGUUUUUUUUUUUCAUAAUUAAAGUAUGCAUCAUUUUUGAAUCAUAAACUUCGAAACAAAAAUUGGCAGUAUUAUCUAAAGAACUUACGAAAAGAACCGACUAAAGCAAGGCAAGGGGCUCCUCAAUGUGACACACUAGCAGAAUGAACCUAACAGAAUGCUUAUUAAAAUUUAGAGAUGAAAAUAAACAUUUGUAGUGCCUCAAUAAGCUUUCACACCCCCCCCCCCCCCCAGCAGUCACCAGCUCAUGAAGAUUUGCAACAUCAACAUCGAGCAGAGCCGCCCCCUCUCUUCCAUUUUGGCAAAAAAAAAACCUAGAAGAUUUCCCUUCUCAUACGAGACAAUAAAACAGACAGACAUACACGCGAGCGGUCGGUUCGAAGCUUGCCAGCAGAAAAAAAAAAAUCAACCUAUAUCAAAAUUAUCGAAAGCAGCCGGAAGAAAACAAAAAAAAAACAACUAACAGAAAAAAGAAUGUGAUACUAACGAAAAAAAACUGAAACCGAGAAGACGAAGUAAACAGCAACUCUAGCUAUUAACCAAAUGUGUAUGUAUUAGUAAGGAAUGACCACACAGAAACUAGAAGUAAAUCAGGAAUGAAUUAGCAGCAGAUUGCUUCGAUUGGAGACAUCCUAUAUUUUACGGGAAGGAUUCGAAUUAACCGAACUACAUAUUUUGAUUACGAGCGAGCGAGAGAGAAAAAGAAAGAUUAUAACCACACUGCAAGGUGACGUGUUUUAGAGAUUUUCAACAACCAUUCGAAAAGGGCGAAACCAAAAUUUCUCAAAUGAAGUGAAGAAAAAUUGCAUAAAAUAAAUGGUUAACGACAUAAGCAAACACAAUCCCCGAAACUUGUAUCAUGCAGAUGAGAUAUAUAUUAACCCCCAGAAAAAAAAACACAUAAUAAAACUGUCAUUAAGACGUGCAGAAUUGCAACGUAAACUCUCACACACACGCAGACACAGUCUCACCUAAACUCUGUAUUACAAUUUGAAGAAAUGAAAACAAAAACUGACAGACAUGUUAUCGGUAAAUAUAAACAAAAAAAUAAACUUGUUGCAUUUGAAGAAAUGAAAACCA